AUGGCAGCCUGUGUGAAGACCAAUAAGUCCCACGUCAUCUUCAAGAAGGUCUCUCGGGACAAGUCGGUGACUAUUUACCUGGGGAAGAGAGACUAUGUUGACCACGUCAGCCAAGUAGAGCCUGUAGAUGGUGUUGUAUUGGUGGAUCCCGAGCUUGUGAAGGGGAAGAAAGUGUAUGUCACUCUGACUUGCGCCUUCCGCUAUGGCCAGGAGGACAUUGAUGUGAUUGGCCUGACCUUCCGCAGGGACCUGUACUUUUCUCGGGUCCAGGUAUACCCUCCUGUCGGGGCCAUGAGUGCCCCUACCCACCUCCAGGAGAGCCUGCUCAAGAAACUGGGAGACAACACGUACCCAUUUCUGCUCACGUUUCCUGACUACCUACCCUGUUCGGUGAUGUUGCAGCCAGCUCCACAAGAUGUAGGGAAGAGCUGUGGGGUUGACUUUGAGGUCAAAGCAUUUGCCACAGACGUCACAGAUGGUGAAGAGGACAAGAUCCCCAAGAAGAGCUCUGUGCGGUUGCUGAUCCGGAAAGUGCAGCAUGCCCCUCCUGAGAUGGGUCCCCAACCCUGUGCUGAGGCAGCCUGGCAGUUCUUCAUGUCUGAUAAGCCCCUGCACCUCUCAGUCUCCCUCAGCAAAGAGAUAUAUUUCCAUGGGGAACCCAUCCCUGUGACUGUGACAGUGACCAAUAACACAGAGAAGACUGUGAAGAAGAUUAAAGUAUUAGUGGAACAAGUAGCCAAUGUGGUUCUUUACUCGAGUGAUUAUUACGUCAAGCCUGUGGCUGCAGAGGAGACACAAGAAAAAGUGCAGCCAAACAGCAGUCUGACCAAGACGCUGGUGCUCGUGCCCCUGCUGGCCAACAACAGAGAGAGAAGAGGCAUCGCACUGGAUGGGAAGAUCAAGCAUGAGGACACAAACCUGGCCUCCAGCACCAUUAUCAAGGAGGGCAUCGAUCGGACCGUCAUGGGCAUCCUGGUGUCCUACCAUAUCAAGGUGAAGCUGACAGUGUCAGGCUUUCUAGGAGAGCUCACAUCCAGUGUUCAGGAUGAAAAUUUGGUUUUUGAGGAGUUUGCUCGCCAAAAUCUGAAAGAUGGUGGAGAGAACACAGAAGUGAAGAAAGAUGAGGAGGCAGUCCAGGAUGAGUGAAGACUUAGCCUAGUUGCCUAAAAAUGGCUUGUAGUUCUGGGUGCCUUGAGCGAAGCCCCAGGAACCUUUCAGAGUUAUGCUAGAUGGAUAUGAAAGCCCAAGUGUUCCUCCCAGAAAUAAAGUCUGUGGACCCUC